UCGCAAAGGGAAGUGUACCUCGCAAAUACAAUACUUGUCACGCAUGUAAACCAAUGCUUUGCAAAGAAAACAUACAAAUGUGUGGGUGUACUUUGAGGGUUUCCACGCUCGACUUGAUGCUCGUAGCACGCUGAGAGGAAAAUCGCUGAAGUUACCAUUUCUACGAAGGACACUUCAUUUUCCUCACAGAUUCGUUAGAAGGAAAUUUUAAUCCGAAAUUGGAUCAAUUACAAAUUUCAAAUUGACGACAAUAACGGUAAUUUAUAAUUUAUAGGUAUGUAUAUUGUUUAUUUGAUGAUUUAAGAUAGAAAUUCAAAAAGAAUCUGAAGUUGUAGUUCACGAAUAGACUGCAACUUCACUUUGAAAAUGCCAGGCAACGUGGAACAACAAAUGUUCGUUCUGUAUACGUAAUGACUUUUGGGAUAGAUAUCUAUUUAAAUUCAUGGUUCGAACAGUUUCGAAUACCAUUAUAAUCAUUAAUUUCUCGUGAAACAUUAUUGAAUGCCGUAUGAACGAUAGCUUGACACAAUAAAUACCUUGUUAGAUGAUAAACAUCGAGAAAGUAAAAUCGUGUUCAUCAUUAAUCGUUGAAAAAAGUGACAAAAAUAAAUUAGAAGAAUGGUUCGACCGUCGAAUCCGUUGUUAAUGAGCAUUGUCCUCGAUGCGGUUGGACGUCUCUCAGAAAGGAAAGGUUCUACUGUACGAGAUAUCCUCAAUUUCGUUCAAAAAAAUUCAAAUGGAUUUUCGAGGAAUCUUACGAUGCAGGUUCAUCGUGCUUUGAAACAUGCAGUCAAUGCUGGUUUGCUUCGACACAGAAGUGGAAGAUAUAAGGUUUUACUCAGCAUAAAUCCGAUAUCCGCUCAGCAAUCCGUGGCCGAAGAUUCGAAAUCUAUUGAUGGUUUCACUGAUAAAUUGCUAAACGGAUCACUCGAACGAUCGACGAAGCGUAAUAAAAAUUCUGAUAGAAAACAAGGUGGCAAACAAACACGUCGCAAAAGUGCUGCAAGUCGAAGUGGUGAAUGCACUCAUAAUCGAAAAUGUUCGGAGCCAUUGGAGAAAGCGAGACUAACGCGAAGACAAAAACGAAAAACAGGUGGUAGAAUCGAAGAAAAUGAUGAUUGGGUAAUAUCGGGUCGACGUAAACAAUUUGCCAAACGGAAAAUAUCCGAAAUCGUGCAGGAAGAUUUAUCGCCAUCGAGCGAUCAUUCCCACGAAAAAAUAAUUGAUUUUGAUUCGGAUGUAUCCAAUGAGAACUACGAUAAAUCAACGAAUUCAAAAAACAGAUUUUAUUCCCGAGACGAAGAACGCUUGUCGUCUCCACGAAGGAAGAGGUCGCCAGUUAGGCAAGAGCACAGAGGACAAAGUUCAAAGACCAGAUCGAGAAAACGAUCAUCCUCUCGAAAUCGAAGUCCGCAGCGUUCAAAUUACAAUCAAAACCAAAAUCAACAGGAACAGCAACAGCAGCAGCAAUUAGAAAUAGAGGAAAUACCGAAUGAGAACCUGGAGAAUACGAGGAUGGACUGUGAACAGGUGUCUGGAAAUAUCGAGCUCAUCGACGAUUCACCAAAUCCUGAAAUUGAGAGAGAUUGCAAGCCUAAUAAUAGUGGAAGUGGAAGUAGUUUAUAAAACUCUCUCUUUCUCUCUCUCUCUCUCUCUCUAUAUAUAUAUAUAUAUAUAUAUAUAUAUA